AGUCUUUCUUCUCUGGACAACCAAGUAUUUAAAAGCAAUGGAUGAAGCAAGGUUGGGCUGAGGAAAAAAGACCAUUGCAUGAGAGAGUCUCACGCAGUAAAAAGCUGAUCAGUAGUAGAUGUAGAAGGCUGCUGAUUUCUACUCUAUACGAGGAGUAAGUAAAUUGGUAUGAGCUAAGCUGUCAUUACAAGCUGGAGGAGAUGGGAAGCUGCAGUUUGGAGUCCAUCCAGAAGGUGAUAUGGGUGGAUGAAUGUGAAGGACAAUUGAGUCCAAAGGCAAAAGACUGGCCAUUGAUGUAGCAUUACAGAGGAAAUGGCCCAGGUUAUACCUAUAUACUGAUUCUUGGAUAGUGACCAACAUCCUCUUGAGCUGGGUCACAUAGUGAAAACUGCAUUUGACAGACAUGAGGAGAACUCAUAUGGAUGGCUUACUUGUGAGGAAAAGCACUGCACGGGAUUUGGAAAAACUCGACAUGCAGCUGUGACAUGUUGAUGCCCAUAUCCGAAAGGGAAUGGAUACCGAAGAACAAAUCAACAACUGUCAAGUGGACCAAGCUGCUCAGAUCACCACAAUCAACAAAGACCUAGACUGGGAACAUAAAGGGGAAUUAUUUGUAGUUCAUAAAACAUCAGACAUCUGGGAUGAGAUGACAGCUAUUGCUGGGAAGAGACCAAGGAGGAGUGGACUUUCUAGAGAUACCAUUGUACUAUUAACAAAGGACUGCAAAACUUGUGCAUUAGUGAAAAAAGCUAAACAACCAGGUUAUCAAAACAGAAGGGAUGUUCAAACCACCAGUUUGGUAAUGCAUGGCAAAUAGGCUUCUUUGGACUUUUGUGCAGGAGUAGUAGGGUAGGAACAUAUCUAUCUACCCCUGGCAGAUAUAAUUCUGGGCUGGCUGGAGGCUUACCCAGUAGUCCAUGCCACUACUAAAAACAUGAUAGUAAAUAUCAAAAAACAAAAUUGGUGGAGAUGUGGUAAACCUGAAAGCCAUUGGCAAAGUUGAUUCUUUAAUUUCAGAAAUUAAAUGGUAAAAUUAUGGACAGAUGAAGAUGGAGUUGACUAGAUAUCCCAUAUUAUUCCCAGAUCUCAAGAAAAGUAGAGUCAACAUGUUCAAUUACCAACACUGUUGUAUGAAACCAGAAAAGGCUGGAAUAUGUCGUAAGAUGUAGCAAAAUCUCUGAUCAUAAAAAAUAAGUGUGAAGAAAUAGUUCAAACUUAAUAGAUGAGUGUAACCUUAAGCAAUCUUAAAUGAACCAGUUUCAGCAAUCACAGUUAAAACUGAACUAUAACAACCCUGUGGUUUUCGUAGGUCUUUUUAUUGUUUUGCAGGAUGAUCCUUUGAAGAGCAACAGCUUUAAAAGGAACAACCAAACGUAGUUAUCAAGUUGUUGAUUUCAGUAAUAACAUAAAUGUAAAAAGCAAUAGCCUAAGGAGUGUCAGUCCCAGAAAUGUACAGGCUUGUUACCUGGAGCUUAAUUUGUAGAUUUACAUGAUCUUUUUCUAUAGACUAGCUCUGCCAAGAGAUUUGAAGAGGCAGUCUAGUAGUCAGUGAGUUCUGCUAUAUGUGGGCUUUGUUUGAUGGUUGGUAUUUAUCUUCUUCCAGAUGGAAGUCUGACUGAUAAUCAGAAUUGAUUGAUUUAAAAUGUCUUAAGUCAUGAUUAAAUUGUAUAGGUGAAGGUUUCCUGGUCCAUAGGUGAAUCAUUUUAAAUGUGGUGGUAAUUUAUACUUCUUCCUUUCCUUAGAUGUUGAUUUUUUUUGUGUGGUGUAAGUCAUUACUGUAAAGGAUACACUACAUUUACACAUUUACUUGUAUGUUUAACAUGUUACUCAUAUCUGUAAUAUUUAUUCUUCUUUUGGAAAUGUUCCAUGCAUCCUUUUCUGUUAUAGGUAACUCUUUUGUAUGUGUUGUGGUGUUCUGGGAGAGUACUUUGAGAAAAUACUGCUGUAUGUUUGUUUUCUCCUUAAAUUCUUCCUUGGGCAUCACCUGUUAGAAAUUGUCAGAGACAAGAUUCUGGGCCGGAAGAACUAAUAUGUCCUAUAUGGCUAUCCUCGUGUUCUCUCGUUGGAUAGAAACUGCAACACAAUUAUAGUGCAGAGAUCCUUUAAUUUUUAAAUAAUUCUUAGUUAAACAGAGCUACCUCUAAACCUGUUGGAUAUGCGUGAAUCAACCUGAGUUUGCAUUAGCAGAUCUUUUCUCAAUAAGAAUUUUAUCUUAACUUGCUGAUCUUUUUUGUGAUUGCUUCUUUAGAUGUGGACAGUCCAGUCGUGGGAUUACCUACUAGCUUUAGCUAACAACGUAAGAACGUGUAAAACUAGAUGAAGCAUGAAAAGAGUAUAGGCAAGUUCGAAUUUGAGCCUGGCGCAAAGCAUCUAUCAAAUAGUGGCAAGACAAAUAUUUAAAAUGGGAAGAUCAUGACCUACUUUGCCAGUGUGGACCUGACGAGCUUCUUUCUUCUGGUGUCACUAACAGGCCUUUUACCAUGAACAGUUCUACUUCAGCUACAGCAAAUGGGAGUGACAGCAAGAAAUGUAAAGGAGACAGAUCUCCAUGCUCCCCCUCUCGUGUCCUUCAUCUUCGUAAAAUUCCAAGUGAUGUCACUGAAGCAGAAGUCAUUUCAUUAGGUCUCCCUUUUGGCAAAGUAACCAACCUCUUGAUGCUAAAAGGAAAAAGUCAGGCUUUUUUGGAAAUGGCUUCUGAAGAAGCUGCUGUUACUAUGGUGAACUACUAUACUCCUGUUACACCUCACCUCCGCAGUCAGCCUGUUUAUAUACAGUAUUCCAAUCACAGAGAACUUAAGACUGACAAUCUACCUAAUCAGGCUAGAACCCAAGCUGCAUUGCAAGCUGUGAAUGCUGUGCAGUCUGGAAGCCUGGCUAUUACAGGUGCUUUUACUACUGAAGUUGGGCUCCUUCCAGGUCAAGGUUCUGUCCUUCGAAUCGUUGUUGAAAAUCUUUUCUAUCCUGUCACUUUGGAAGUGCUGUAUCAGAUUUUCUCUAAAUUUGGAACUGUCUUGAAGAUUAUCACCUUCACAAAGAACAAUCAGUUUCAAGUCUUGCUUCAAUAUGCUGAUCCAAUGAAUGCACAUUAUGCCAAAAUGGCUCUGGAUGGUCAGAAUGUCUACAAUGCUUGCUGCACUCUGCGUAUUGAUUUCUCCAAGUUAACUGGCCUUAAUGUAAAAUACAACAAUGACAAAAGUAGAGAUUUCACUCGCCUUGACCUUCCCUCUGGUGAUGGCCAGCCCUCCCUGGAGCCCAACAUGGCUCCUGCCUUUGGUACCCCAGGUAUCAUCUCGUCACCAUAUUCAGGGCCCGCUGGAUUUGCCCCAGCUGUUGGCUUUGCUCAAACUGCCAGUCUUUCAGUUCCAGCUGUUCCUGGCGCACUUGGUCCUCUUGGAAUGCCCACCUCUGCAGUGUCUGGACGGAUGACUAUUCCAGGUGUUCCUGGUGUUCCAGGAAAUUCUGUUUUACUGGUCAGCAACCUCAACUCUGAGGCCAUCACACCACAUGGACUCUUCAUCCUAUUUGGUGUGUAUGGUGAUGUACAUCGUGUGAAGAUCAUGUUUAACAAAAAAGAAAAUGCUUUGGUUCAAAUGGCAGAUGCAACCCAGGCUCAGCUAGCUAUGAGCCACUUGAAUGGGCAGAAGCUGUAUGGAAAGGUCCUCCGUGCUACUCUUUCAAAACAUCAGACAGUUCAGCUUCCUCGUGAGGGACAAGAAGACCAAGGUCUAACUAAGGACUAUAGUAAUAGCCCUUUACAUCGCUUUAAGAAGCCUGGCUCUAAGAAUUUCCAAAAUAUCUUUCCUCCGUCUGCCACCCUGCAUCUCUCCAACAUCCCGCCUUCUGUUACUGUUGAUGAUCUGAAGAACCUUUUUGUAGGUGCUGGAUCCACUGUGAAAGCCUUCAAGUUCUUCCAGAAAGAUCGCAAAAUGGCUCUCAUCCAGCUGAGUUCCGUGGAAGAAGCAGUCCAGGCUCUCAUUGCGCUUCACAAUCAUGACCUUGGAGAAAAACAUCACCUCAGAGUUUCCUUCUCAAAAUCUACAAUCUGACUUUUCUGUGAACUUUCCUUUUAAGACUGCAUCACAGUUUCAGUAAAACCUUCAGAUAGAGACUGUAGCAGCUGUGAUCAACUCUGAUUCUUAAAACAAAAAGUUCAUUCUGAGUUUGUGUAUUCAUACAUGCAGUAAAGAAUCAAGGGAUGAUAUUUUCCAGUUUCAGCUGCCAGGAUGUGGUCAAAGUUUAAUAUCUCUCCAUAAAAAGAUUCUUCUAUGAAAUUUCUUUAGCAACAAUAUUUAUCAUCAAAUUCCCUACUUAUAAUUAUAUUUUGAGAACAUCCUUUUAGCUUUUUCUCCAAGUCAGCCUUACAAAACACUUCUAGCAUUUUUAUAAUAUACCAAACAAAGACUAUUUCUAAUGAAAUAGUAAACUUAAUUCUGUGUAGAUAAAACACUAAUUUGAAUGUGAAAUAGUGCUUGGGUUUCUUGAGGAAAAGCAAGCAUUGACUGUGAGUGUCCACUGAAUAGUAUUUAUCUUACUGCAGGAGUGUUUAUACUUUGGCAGAUCUUUAAAAAUAACUUUUUAAAAAAUGUGUGUUGUUCACAAGGGUUAAAUUAUUAGAGGAAAGGCAGUGCCUUCCCUCUGUGGAGUAAAAGGUAUUUGACAAGUUUCUUCAAGAUGUGGUAUCAGAGACUUAGUUUGACUUAAAAUCAUGGAAUUGAAGUUUCAUAUGUUAUUUUUACUAUGAUAGGACUUGAGAAAUUGAGAGAAGAAAAUAGUCCUAAUUUCAAAGAGUUUUAUACAUUUCUUUUAAAAAUAAAAUGUUUACAAUCAUAAGGAAAAUAUUCAGGUCUAUCAUGGUUUGACAAAUUUUUAAGAAGAUAUUUUUGGUAAGAUCUUCUUUGGGGAAAAAAAUUACACCUGAAGGGUUUUUUGUACCACUAUAAUCUCUAAUAGUUGAAUCAGAUUACUGUGUAUUUACUUAAUUUCUUAUUAUGUGCCUUAUUAUGUGCUUAUGAUAUAAUAGAUUAGAGUUUUAUCUGAAAUAUCUUGAAAAAAUUAUUGUGUACUUGGUGAAAAUUUUCUUAUUUGUCUUUUUUUUUUCCAAAUAUUUUCCUUGCUUCUUCAAAAAUGUUUUUUUCAUUAAGUAAUACUCUGAAUUGCAAUCUCUGGUGCUUUGAUAUAGAAAUAUGGUAGAAAUUGGAGUGAGGUUUAACUCUGCACGAUCCUGUAGGCCUCUUCAAACUUACUCAGUUGCAGUUGUCCUAUGCUAAUAUCUGGCUAAAAAAAAAAAUUCACUCCCAGAAAAAUCCACCAGAAAAACCCUAUACAGAAAGACAAAAUAGCAAAUUCACUCCAGUUUCUAGACAUUAUUUAAGUUGUGAAAGACAUUGGCUCUAUCAGAAUAUUCCGUCUCAGGUACCUACAUUUUUCCUUUGGUAUAGAGCCUAAAUUAAUAAAGACUAAACAUUCCUUCUUUUAUAAAUACCACAAAUUUCAAUACUGAAGCCUAUUUCUCUUUAGAAAAUGAGCUGAGAUGCACCUAGGGUUUUUUUUGUUGAAAGUACAUAUGAACCAUGAACAUAUGAUUUUAAUUGUAGUUUACAAAGUUAAAUUCAUUUUAAGUGAUUUUUAUUUUUAGAAUUUAUUUUUUUAGAAUUUAAAAUGAAGCCCCCUUUAUAGCGCAAGCCCCUUUUAUAGCGGUAUUCCUCUCAAACACAGUGGUUGUUUACUUCUGCUUCUGUUUACACAACUGCAGAAAUAGAGCUUUUCUGCUGUAAUGUUUUGUCAUUCAUUUUAGUUUUUCAUUAAUUUGUAUUUCAUACUUGUAAUGCCAGCUGUCCGUUGGGAAAUACAGUUCUGAAGAGGACAGUCUUUCUAGAAUAAUGGUCAUCUUUCUAGCGAGAGCUGAGUAUCUUGAAGUAAAUAUCUUCAAGUUUUCUCUCUGAAUUAUUUUUGCAAUAUCAGAGAGAUGCAGGCUUACCUUCUGUUAAUGACUUAUAAUUAAAUUAUAAGUGCAGCUGGCAGUCAUAGUAAUGAAGUUGGCAGACCUCUAUACUGCAAUUAAAGCAUGCUGUUUGACAGUAGGUAGAACAUCAGACUAAAUACGUAAGUGGAUAUAACCUUUGCUGUAUACCACAAAUAAUUGUGCAGAAUUGUAAUAUUUACUGGAAAGUUUAAAAUGGCUUAGGUAUAGUAGAAGAUGUUGUAUUUGGCUUUUGAGAUAAUCUUUCUCUUUCCCCUCUACAAAACAGCUGAUUCAGUUUCAAGUUUCAAACCAAUUUUGGGGAAUAUAUGAAAAUAAGCAAUUUUGUUGUGCUAAAGCACUGUAUUAAAAAGUAAUGUUCUUAUAUGAUUUUAGCAAAGUGCAGCAGUAUGCAGGCUCUUUCAUUUGCAGGUAGGCCCUUUUUCAGCAAGAUACUUAAUUCAUGUCUGUUAGUCUCAUUGAUACCAGUUCAUAAUGCGUUAAGUAUACUGCUGAGUGUGAAUGCCCCUUGUUACUCCAUGUAAAGAGGUUUGAUAAUACUAGAACGGUUGCAGAAUCACAGAGCAGUUUAGGUUGGAAGGGACCUUUAGAGACCAUGUAGUCCAACCCCCUGCUCAAGCAGAAAAAAGGAUUAUCCAUAAUACGUGGUCUGUCAUUUUUUUAGAGAACUGCUGCUGCAGGGGAGAGGAAUUAUGUUGGAUCUGAAUGUAACUGUAAAGCAGGUAAAAGCAACCUUAAGAUUUAGAAUUAAUAUUGGCAUAUAUAGUACUGGGAGCAGUGCAUGUAUACUGUCUGUGCCAUAUUGGUAUACGAGCAUAUGCAUUACAUGCAUUUUAAUUUAUUGAUUCUGAUAGCAGAAGAUGGGAAUGCUUGAACAAAUCUAAAGGGAUGAAGGCAUCUGGCAUUCUGUUAGAGAAGGGAGUAAUUUUUGAAUUUUAGAGUAUUGAUAAUAUCAGCUCUUAACUAUUUGCAGUUUGAAUUGUAGAGGCCUACAGUAUAAGUUGGCAGAGAUUUAUGAUCUUUUUCAUUUAAGAAAAAUCUGUGUGGUGGAUGUUUAUGAUCUUCUGUGUGCUUUUGGUUUUAUGUUACAUUUAUCCUUUUUCUUCUUGUAAUUCUCUGUUGUUUUAGUUCCGUAAUCGAAUUAUCCUUGUCAACUUACUUUUAGAUUUGUGUACAUCUUAGCAAUGCUGUCUCUUAGGGAGAUACCUGUUUUUUCAAGAGGUGCAAGCAAUCUUCAAAGAAAGCAGUACAUCUUAAUGUUUGCUUAACAGAAUGACUGUCCUAGUUGAGGCUGGCUUAUCUCAUUCAGUGUUCUGCCUUGAAUAACUAAAAAUGAUAACAUAACUUCUUGUUUGUUGUAAUGCACUAUUAGUAAGGGAUCAGGAUGAAAAUGAGUAAUUCUUACACUUUGUGCUUGACUCAUUAGUGCCUGGCUGCAAAAGCACAGUUGCAUCUCAGUUCUUGAUUCUCAGAACCAAAUAGGAGCAGACCCCUUGAUACCUGUGAAAAAAGAAGGGCUUGGGAAAGACUAUGAUUAUUCUAUGGACCCUUACAAUGAUGUAGGUCAGAAAGGAACCUCUCCUGCUCCAAGAAGGGCCACCUUAGAGCAGUUAUUCAGAGAACCGCCCAGUCAAGUUUUGAGUAUUUCCAAGAAUGAAGAUUUCACAACCUCUCUUAGCAACUGUUGCAAUGUUCAAGUGCCCUAAUUGUGAUUUUUUUUCCCCCUAAUACAAGAUUAGGCUUCCCCUAUCUCUUUGCAACUCCCCAGGAGAAUCUGUCUCCAUCUUCUCCAUACUGUCCUAUUAAGUGAUCAAGAUAGAGUCAUCAUUUCUUUAAUACAGAUUCUUAAUUUCUGUUUAAAUCACUUACGCAGUAUCUGGUAAUGUGCAUAGUGUGACCCAGAACUUGCACUGUAAAGCACUAGUGGUCUCAGUGGUUAAAUCCUCACUACAGGUACCAGAAAUGGUUGAGGGUAGAAUUCUUCUUCCUAUUUUGGUGUGUGUGUGUGUGUGUGUGUGUGUGUGUGUGUGUGUGUGUGGGAGGGGGGGUUAAUCAGCUGUAUUAUUCUAACAAAUGAACAAAAUCCUCUUCUUCCUCCUGUUCCCUCUAACUGGACUUGAAUUCAGAGUUCUCUGCCUGUGUAUUUGGGACAUCCACAUCAGCUCUGGGUUACCUCCAGCCCCAAUUUUUCCUUGGUUCAAAGUGUAGUAAGGCUCCCUUAACAACCCAGGAACAACUUAGUGCCUUUUCAAGUUACCUGUGAUCUGUUGCAUAAUGAUAAUGCUUUUGCAUCUCUCAGUUUUUUUCUGAAACAUUAAUUUGUAUAUUGCCUUGAUUGCCUUGUCUGCUGGUCCCACCAAUUGCACUUUUUCUGUGCACAUAUAGAAUAGGGCCUUUUUGUGCUUAAUAUAUUCCAGAGAUAGCCUUCUGAGGAGAUUUGCCUAUGUGGCAUUUUCUGAUCUUAGAUGGCAGACUUGUAUGUUUGUAUGCUGAGAAAUUGUUGAAAGAACUGUACCAGUGUGGAGCUUGUGGAAUCAGAUAUAUUGUACUCCCCUGAUACUUUUAAUUUGAACUGGGAAUUAAGAAAGUGAUGAGGUUUUUUUUCUUUUUCCUAGAGGGAUGUAGACCUACUCAUCAUUGUAAUACUACUAACAUGUACUGCUAUUUUUUUAAAAGAGAGGGCAACUACUUUAAAAAAAAAAAAGCCAUUUUUGUUUGCCUUUACCUUUUCUCCUGGUAUGUUGUUAACUAGAGUAGAACUACCAGACUUAGUGUUUUUUACUGUUGUGCUGAAAGGAUUCAGAUUGCACAGAUUUUUUUCUUUAAAUUAACUGUUGACUCUUGUCCUGUGAAGAUGUGUUCGUUAUGUAUGAGGCCAUUUGCCAGCUAUUUUCAAAGCAAAUCCUAACAGUUAGGAAUUGUGAAUUAUUUCAAGAAAGAAUUGAAAAUCUCUGAACUAUUUAAUUUCAGGGCUUUACCAGAGGGAUGGGGGGGACAAAAUGGGACCAAAGUUUAUGUGCCUUCAGUAGUCUUACAUGUAGGGUUUUUUUAUAUCUGUUGAUUUCUUAAGUAUAAUAAAUACUUUUUUCCUGGAAAUUGUAUAUUGAUAUUGUUAAAAUUGAAUCUACUCCCACUGACAGAUGACAUAUACAGUGAAUUGCAUCUGUUUUAGUAUAGUUUUAAUUAUCCUUUAUGCCUUUAUCAUUGCAGUAUUUUUUAUAUUGCAAUAUGCAGGAAUUCAAGAAUAAUCCACAUAUUGCCAAUUUAGGACACUGAUAACAGGUUGUAACUGGAGCAAUCCCCAGAAAUAAAAUACUUUUGUAGUUAAAGGUCCUUGACAGGUGAAGAAAGUUCUUACCUUAACAGACUAAUGUCAUCACUAAAAACAGUUUUUCAGUUCUUGGAAACUGUGUAUAAUUUAUGAAGAGUGGGAAUCUAACCACUAUGUGCUAAGUCCAUUUUAAGCACAUUGUAAUUCUUUUUGGAUAUGUUAUCCACUUUCUGCAGAAGUUCACCCUAGAACCACAGCAGCACAAGUCAAAGAUUGGUAACCAAGCAGAUUUUUGCAUCAGAAUUUCACCUCAUUGUUCUGACCAAAGACUGUCUUUUCUGGUUUUACUGAGACAUUCUGUGAAAAUUUGUUUUCUCUCAAGCUCCUUUUUGAAGGGAAGACCCGAAACAAAGUUGCCUUUAUUUGAGUCUACUAUUGGUGGAUAGACCACUUAGUGGAAAAUGGGAUCUUAAUGUGAACCAAAUGGUGCGGGAUAAGGCAAGGGGUUAAUGAACUACUUUUAGUACUGUAUUCAAGACACACAUAGCACGGCUAGGAAUUGCUGACAUUUCCUCAUUUUACAUUAUCUAUUCAUAAAAGUCUGUUUUCAUCUACCAUUCAGUCUGUUCAUCUAGCACAAGAAAAUGCUGUAAAUAUUUGUAACAUCUUUUUUUUUUUUAACCUGGAAAAAAGGGUUUUGGAGAACAAGUUAAAGUGUAAAAUGUUUUUUAUAUAAAAACAUCAAUUGUCUUGUAUAUUUUGAUAAGCAGCAGUACCAGCUUUCAUUUGUAAAGCAGCUUGUGGCACUGGAAAAAAAGGAUUCCAUGUCUGUUGAGAUGACUUAUAUUAUAAAUGCAAAGAAGAUGGAAUAUUAAAGAAAGCUAUUUUCUAACUGUGUAGCACAUGUUUAAUUUGAACUUGUGAAUACUGCAAAACAUUCUAUUUCUUUUAAGUUACUACAUUUGCUGAUUACUUAGUAUCUAUACCUAACUCUUUUCCUAACAACUCUUGUUGUUGUAGCAUGCCUUUUAAUAAAUGUCAUUACAUCUGUACUCUCUUAAA